CGCGCCCCACGCCCGGCCAUGACCCUGCGGCGCCUGCAGCGGCUCCAGCCCAAGGAGGAGGACGCGGCGGGGGCAGCUGCCCUGGACCCGGGCCCCGCGGGGGGCGGCCCCUUCCCGGCGCUGGGCGGCUGCCGGGCGGCCGAGAUGUACCGGGCGCUGGCGGCCUCCGGGGGCACCUUGCCCCGGGCCCGUAAGGGCUCUGGAUUCCGAUGGAAACCGCUGAGCCAGUCCCCGGAGCAGCACCGGAAGGUGAUCACGCUGGAGAAGGAGGCAGAGGAGACAUUUGGAUUUGAGAUCCAGACCUAUGGACUCCACCACCAAGACCAGAACAGCGUGGAAAUGUUCACCUUUGUCUGCCGGGUCCACGAGGGGAGCCCAGCCCAGUUAGCAGGGCUCAUACCCGGAGACACCGUCACCGUGGUGAACGGGCUGAACGUGGAGGGCGUCCGACACCGCGAGAUCGUGGAAAUCAUCAAGGCCUCUGGGAACGUGCUCAGGCUGGAGACGCUGUACGGGACGUCCAUCCGGAGAGCGGAGCUGGAGGCUCGGCUGCAGUACCUAAAGCAAAGCCUGUAUGAGAAGUGGGGGGAGUACCGCUCGCUGAUGGUCCAGGAGCAGAGGCUGGUGCGUGGGAUCGUGGUGAAAGACCCCAGUAUCUACGACACGCUGGAAUCCGUCCGCUCCUGCCUGCACGGCGCUGGGCUCGUGAGCGGCUCCGUCUCCUUCGGGAAGAUGCUGUCGGACGCGGGCAGCACGUCCAGCUGCGUCAGCACCGCCACCGAGGAGAGCGAGGACUCUGUCUACCAGACCUGCUUCUUCGACUCGGCCGAUUCCCUGGAUGGGCACCCUGGGCGGGACGGGGGCAGCGCCCCCCCAGCCCUCUCCCAGCGCCGGCCCGCCCUGACCCGCAGCGCCAGCGUCAAGUGCAGCAGCAACGGGGCCGUGGGCCACUUCUGGGAGAGGCCAGGUGACCAAAAGAACUGCACGGUCACGCCCCGCAAGAGCAAACACACCAGCUUCCGGAAGCGGCUCCUCAAGUUCAUCCCAGGACUGAACCGCUCUCUGGAGGAGGAGGAGAGCCACCUGUAGGGGGCGCUGGCUGCCGGGGUGGGGGCACAGAGGCCACGGGGGGCCACCAAGUGGCCAAGUUUUAAGAAGUUUGGUUGGUUUAUUUAUUUAUUUAUUUAUUAUCCCGGUUGGUGCCGGCGCCCUGGCGGAGCGUGGGGCCAGGGCCUGGGUUUCAGUGCUGGGGCGGGGGGGAGGCUCUGCUGUGAAGGGCAGAGGGGAUUUUCGCUCUCCCUCCCCCCACCCCCGAAGGAGAAACACAUAAGGGGAUGGGGGGCAGCAGGAGCUGGAUCCAGCCCCAGCAGCAGCCUGGGUGCCUGCUCGUGGGAACUGCUGGAGGAGGGAGCUGGGCCCCUCUGCGCGAUUAGGGGUGAUUUUUCAGGUGUCCUGGGGGAAUGGGCCCUUUGCUUCCAGGCCUCAUGUGACCAAACCCCUCCAGUAGCUGCGGGGAGUGGAUGCGCUGAUGGGUCAGAGCCUGUUUGAGGCUGCGUCAAAACAAGCUCUGCCCUGAGGCCGGUACCAUCGGCAGGGAGGCUGCGGGAGCAGAGAGCAACUGUUCCUUCCCCAGGCAGCGCCUCCAGCAUGAGGCGUGGGAGAGGCUGGCCGUGCCCCUGCCCUGUGUCUCCAGGGGGCCAGGACUGUCCCGGGAAGAGAGGGAUCCUGGUGCUACCCCAGAGGCUCGCAGCAGCCGUGACAAGUGCUCCGAACGGAGCCGUGGCCAGAGGGAUCUCGGAGCAGGCAGCCCCUUCCCCUGACGCAGCGGGGAGCCUCCUGGCCCGGAAAGGUGUUGGGUCCCCCCCACUGCUUUCCCCUGGAAGGCAGCCAGCAGCUCUGCUCUGUUCCAGCCACAUCCUCCUCCUGUCUCUGCAGCGUCAGGGCUCUGCGUGACUUCCUGCGAAGUCUGGGCUCUUGUCAGCCCCAUUUCUGGCACUGGCUCCCGGCCCAAAGGUGACUGAACUGUGGGGCUGUCCGUGUCUCUCCACCACACCGCUCGGCCUGGUGACGCAUUAGGCCUGUGAUGGAAGGUCCCUUUGUAACCUCCUGACGCCAGCAGAACUGCUCGUCACUCUGAGACCGCGGUGCGGAGGCUGUCGCGUGGCCGGGAUCAGACCCUGGGGAUGGCUGGCCCAGAGGCGAGCUAGCAUCUUACUGGGGCGUGUCCGCUCUCUGGGACGAGGAGUCAGCGCGAACGGACAGCCCUGGCCUGGGAGCAGGAUGGGGUUGUAUGGCCGAGGGUGACUCCAUGUUCUUCUGACUUGCAGCCCUUCAGGAAACGGCUUUACGUCUCCAUCCUCGUGCUCAGUCCCUCUUGCAGGGGGAGGGCAGAGAAAUUGGUUCCACGGAGCAGAGGGGAACUUCCCAGCAAAGCUGGUUCUUAUCUCAGGAAAUAGCCACGGAAGAGGGUGGCUCAGCAAGCGAGGGCUCCCCGCUGGACGGAGCCCCCACCCCCCAGGCCGCAGUAGACAGCAGAGGGGGGCAGGGCUGCGGCUGGACACGGGUGUGGUCAGCUGUGGUGGGGGGAGGUGUGAGGUUUUGUACGGACACGGAUGGCGCCGUUAAAAUGCUUGGCACGGAUUCUGAUCAAUACAAUGAGACUGUUUUGCA